AUGCAACCUUCUUUACAACCUUCUAUACCAACCUCGUCUUUACAACAUUCUACACCAACUUUAUCACCUUUACAAGCUUCUUCUAACCUAGAUCCAAAUUCUAUACUUACCUCUAAUAAAAAAAGAUCAUUAAAAACUGAGAUUGAAUCACUUAAUAUUAGGGUUGAGCAGUUGGACGCAGA